UGAUGCUUGUUAACUUAUUAUUGUAUAAAUGAGCUUCUGCUGCAGCACCCAUGUGGGCUUUUUGCUGAAGCUGCUCAGAAGCUUUUGCUUGUGAAAAAAGACCCACAAAAAAAAAAGAAAAAAGAAAAAAGAAAAAAGAAAAAUCUGAGAAGAAGAAGCAGCUCUCAUGGGUUCUUCUUUUUGGUCACUGGGGAGAGAUUGAAACCUUAUUAGAUUUGUUCUCAAAAACCUCCAGUGUGGAUGGCAUGUUCAUUUGGAUAAUCUACUAGUUGAUGCAAAACUUGAGAGGAUUAGAGAGAUUUUUAGCAGUUGUUGUAGAUCAACAACUGAGUAAUUUGAUUAGGGGAGUUUUUGGGCUUUUCAAGUGCUCUUUGUUGAUGUUAUUAUUGUGCAUUGAGAUUGGAAUCUUUGAGCUACAAUAGUGCAAAACUUAGAGGAUUAGAGAGAUUUUUAGCAGUUGUUGUGAGAUCAAGAACUUGAGUAAUUUGAUUAGGGGGAGUUGUUGGGUUUUUUGAAGUGAUUUUUGUUGUUGAUAUUAACUAUUACCAUGAGCUACAACAAUGGAUCAACCCAUGACAAAUCCAUGACCAAUUCUUAUACUAUUGAAUUCGCGAAUGGCGAUUCGGGGAAGAGCACUUCGCGCCACCAGAGCCGCCGCAAGAUCUUAGGCUCCUCCCGCGCGAAGCCGCCUCCUUCGAAAUGGGACGACGCCCAGAAAUGGCUCACCGGAUUUUCGGGCGGCGGCGGCGGUGGCGGUGGCGAUGCGCAGCACAAAUGCAAGCCGCGGAAUUCGAACGCUGAUGACCGGCGGCUGCUCCCCUCGCACUCGCAGAGGGCGAGGGAUUCUUGCAGCAGCAUCGAGGGCGCGUUGGAUUACGACUGCGCGGUCGCAGUCGCGGUCGGUUAUUCGCAAGAAGAAGGGGAGACUAAGAAGAUAGACUGCAAUGAGCUGUUCUUGAAGGCGCAGAAUCGGAAUCCGAAUCCGGUGGAGGAAUCGGUGGUCGGAGUUAGAUCCGUCUUUUUGAGGGAUAUGGGCACGGAGAUGACUCCCAUCGCGAGUAAGGAGCCGUCGAGAACGGGCACGCCGAUGAGGGCUUCUACUCCAAUCUCUUCGAGGUCGUCGACGCCGGGGCGGGUUCGCCAGGGUGGAGCUCCGGUGAGUGAGAGGAGCAGUGAAGUAGCGGCGGCGGCGAAUUACGGGAGGGCGAAUGGGAAUAGUUGGGUUGGUCGAGGGGGAGGGGAGGCGGAUUGCGUCGAGAAAUUGGAGAAUUCGGUGUCGUUGGCGAUGGAGGCGAGCUCGAACUCUUUGGAGUCCCGGGCGAUGGCGUGGGACGAGGCCGAAAGGGCUAAGUACAUGGCAAGAUACAAGCGCGAAGAGGUGAAGAUACAAGCUUGGGAGAAUCACGAGAAGCGAAAAGCGGAGAUGGAAAUGAAGAAAAUCGAGGUGAAGGCCGAGAGAAUGAAGUCGCGGGCUCAAGAGAAGCUGGCGAACAAAAUGGCGUCGACGCGGAGGAUUGCAGAGGAGAAGCGCACGACCGCGGAAGCGAAGCUGAACGAGCGCGCGGCGAGGACGUCGGAGAGGGCGGAUUACAUUCGGAGGACCGGGCACUUGCCCUCAUCCUUUUUCUCCUUCAAGUUGCCCUCUUUAUGUGGUUGAGAACUUGCUUGUGAACUCAUCAUACUUUGUCAAGUGAGCCAAUAAUAACUGUUUUAGUCAUAUGUAUUCUGCUUGUUACUUCAGAGAUAUUGCAUUGCAUUA